CUCCUGCUACUACAUGUAGACAGGGUAAAGAUAUGCCUCGGAACUGUUGUUUAGGCUAUCGGGGAAUCUGUUCUGAGUGCACCCUACGAGCGCGAUGAGUGCUACGGUGAGGAGGCUGUGUGCAGCAGCGAGACCCGGAUUGGAGUUGUAGUUGCUAUGGAGACGCGACCCGCAGUAGCGGCCAGGCCGGAGUUGGAGCUAUGGUUGCUAUAGAGACGAGGCCUGGUUCAGCCUAGAAUCCUAGACAGGAAUUGUAUCAGCGAUUAGAGCGGCUUCUUUAAAACUGCGGAAACGCUGUCUGCGGAGCUCUUCAUCCACUGCACAUGCACAUCCCAGGAUGAUGCCAGAAGAGCUAGAAUUAGCUGAGCUGCUUGCUAAAAAAGAACAAGAGUGGAAAGCACUUCAACAACAUCAGAUUCUCUUUCUCCAGCAGAGCCUUAAGGAUACACAGAAAAACCUCCAAGAGCAAAAUGAUAAAUUUGACAGACUCAAAAAGGAUUUCACCCAUAACUUCCGAGUGCUCCAUGAAAGAGAUCGGGAGCUAGAACAGUAUGAAGUGAUGUACAAUCGUUUGAAGGUUGUAGAGAAUGCAAAGCAGUCUGAAAUCAGCAACCUAAAGAUACAGAUUGAGAAGCUCCAGCAAGAGAUUCAGAAAGAGAGGAAGAAGUAUGAUGACUUACAAAGCCACUAUCAGCGGAAAAUAAAAGAACACCAGCUAGAUCUAGAUCGAAUAAACAGCUCUAAAAAUAGCAAUAUUGAUCUUCUACUGGAGGAGUAUGAGAAAGUAAAGCGCCAGCUCGAGAGGAAAAUCGAGGAGGUACAAGGAGAUCUGACCCUACAGAGACAGGAACUGUCUUUGGAGUUUGAUUGUGAAAUGAAGAAGCGUGAGCAUGAGUUUCGUUUAAGUCUGGAUGAGAUGAGCACUGUAGUUUUGUCUCAUGAACUCAAGGUUAAGUUACUGACCAAAGAACUGGAUGUUUUGAGGAAAAUGGAACUUAAAGGAGCAGAGUCAUUACAGGAAAUGGAACUGGCCAACCAGAACUUACAGGAGACAUUGAAACUAAAGGAGUUUGAAAUUAAAGAUUUAGCAGCUGUCAAAGAUGCUCGAAUAAGAGAUUUGGAAGACAAACUAGAAUCCAUGCAGCAUCAGUUGAAAAGGCAAGAAGAAACAUUUCAGAGAAAGCAUGAGCAGCUAGACCGUUUAGCUCGUGAGAAGGAGUCAGCCCUGGGGUCCAUGAAGGAAGCUCACACCGAGCAGGUACAACAGCUGGAGAAACACAUCAAAGAACUGCAGGUGUGUGUAGAGACCCUGCAGAUGGAGCAGCAACGAGUGCAGCGCAAUCAGCGGGAAGUACUGGCAGAAAAAAACAGCACCAUUGAAAAGUUAAAGGAAGAGACUACCACACUGAAGACUGGCUGGGAUUCUUACAUCGCCCAAGUAUCAAAAGAUACUGUAAAUAAGGACCUCCAGCUCCAGUCCUUGCAGGAAGGGGAGGAGAAGCUGAAAGCUCAGAUCAGUAAAUACCAGAAAGACAUUGAGAGGUACCAGCAGCAGCUGGCAUGUUCAUUGGACAGGGAACGUAUGUUUGAGCAGGCUAAAGUGCAGGUGGAGCUGGACUGGCAAAAGCGUUGUGAACAGGCAGAGAAAGCCCAAUAUCAGAAGUCUGAGACAUUGAUAGAAAGUCUCAGUGCAGCUAAGGAACAGCUAGAGGCUGAACUGAAAGAAAGGGAGAGGAGACUGAGUGAGCUUCAGGUCUUGGUCACCACUCUUUCCUGGGAGAGAGAUAAGGCUUUGAGCAUGAGCAGGAAAAAUGGAGUACUGACAGACCCAGGAGAACAGCUACUUGGAGGCAUGGCAGACUUUCCAUCAGGUGAAAUUCAGAAGUUGCAAGAGCAAAAUACAGAAUUGCGUGAAGUGAUCGGCCAGAUGAGGAAAGAGAUGGAGUCCUUAUGCGAGCAGAUUUCACCACCAGCACCUGAAGGGAGGGAGCCUCAAACCAAAGAUGCACAAGGGAACGUGGUCUCUGCUGAUUAUGUCACGUCACUUGAAAAAGAGAUCAGUAAUCUAAAACAGAGUAACAGACUGAUGGAGGAGCAGCUUCAGGAAGCUUUGUCAUCAAAGGACCAUCCUAACUUACCUUCCACAGUAAAGCCGGUUUCACCAGACAACAUAUACAUCCAAAACCACAUCAGCAGUUUGAAUGAAACCAUUGGAGCUCUAAGAGCUGACAAAGUCGCAUCAGCUGCAGCUGCUAAGAGACUGGAGGCAAGAACAGCUCAUUUGGACUCAUUGGUUGGAGAACUCACACAGAAGGUCCAGCAGAAACAGGCAGAAGUCAAUCAGCUGCAGUUUCAGCAGAGCAGUGAGACGCGUCAGAGCCAGGCUACGAUCUCUAGCCUCCAGCAUAGACAGUCUGAACUAGAACUGCAGCUUACGGAGGCCCGCAAGGAGGCAGAGGAAUAUUUUAAGGGAAAUCUAAAGCAAAACCUUGAGUCUGUUGGACUGGGGAAUGAAGUUUCUGCACUGAAGCUGGAGCUGGCGAGCCAGCGGGUCCCUGUGGUUCUCAGCGAGGGUGAAUCUGUGAAAGAACUCCGUAAAGAGAUUGUGACUCUUCACCAGCAGCUAGCUGCUCUGACGUCAGGGGGUGUUCCUGCAGACCCUUAUAUACUGCAAAAUAAACUAAAGGAAGCAGUGAAGAAAAUUUCCCAGCUCAGUCAGGAAAAGCAACAGCUGAUUGACAUUGGGAACAGACUGCGUGCAGAACUGGCAUCAGCAGAAGGUGAACACCACUGGGCAGAAAAUGCACCAAAGCCUUCCAUGCAGCCGGUUCUGGAGACCCCUCCCUCCAAAUUACAAGCACCAAAACCACAAGGUCGCCUCUCAGCUUUGGAGAGCCUUCAGUACCAGCUAACAUCUCAGGAAUUACAAUUUGCUCAGUACCAGAAACCCAUGACGGUUAAGGAUGGAAGCAGUGUUGUAUCUAAAAUCCAAAGGCAUAGUGACAGCUCAGUCGGAUUAUCUGAAAUGCAGUCUUCUGCCUCCGAUAAUUCAAAACCUAUACGGAAAGAGAACAUAUCACCUUCACCACGUGGCCACCACAUGAAGGGUGCUCAGCCCGUUCAUUCUCCGGCUUCCUGGAAAGAGGGUGACACAUCGCUGCGGGACGUUUGGAAAAUAUUGGAUAUGGGAUCAAGCCCUUCACUGAUCAGCUCUGAGGAAAGCAAUCAUCGUGUAGUUUCUACAAGAGACCAGCCAAGACCGGGAAAUACAAGUAAUAAAAUAUCUUCAUUGAACACAUUGAAGAAAAGUCCUGAGAAGAUCAGCAGACCAGUGAUUACCAGACACACAAAGAGUCGCGGUUCCAACACCACCCCAAAAAUCCGGAACUAUAAUUUAAGAGACUAAUGAAAUAACUGGACAUUUAUAGGAAGGGUGGUCUUCAGUAUGCCGCCGGCCGGGAUCCCGGCAACCAGCAUACCGGCGCUGGGAUCCCGACCGCCGGCAUGCCGACACAUAUUCUCCCUCUUGGGGGUCCACGACCCCCCUGGAGGGAGAAUAAAUAGCAGUGCCCGCAGCGUGGCGAGCCUGCAAGGGGCUUAUUAGCGCUCGCCCAUCUGUUGGUAUGCCGGCGGUUAGGAUCCCAGCGCUGGUAUGCUGGCCCCCGGGAUCCUGGUCGCCGGCCACUCAUACUACACCCUAUAGGAAAACUGCUGUCCUCAUCUUGAAGUUCAAAUGCACUAUUACAUCUCUAUCCAAUGGAUAGUUUUAUUAGCAAUAAAUAUAAUAACAAAUACCAUAAUUAUAAAUCUGAAUGUUUCUUUUGGGGAAAUCAAACAAGUGACUGUAAAUAUUGUAAGCUAGUCAAUUUCAAGGUAUACUGUAAUUGGUUAUUGCUUUAUGGUUUCAUCUUUUAUUUGGAUACAGUGUAUUUGGAAUUGCAUAUUAUGUACAAAUGUGUCCUCAUACAUUAGUGCUGUAGUCAAACACAGGCCCUCUAAGCGUGCUGGGUACCAUUAGAUUCUGCUAGCGUCAGGCAUCUUUUUGCCGAAAAUGUGUCUUAGUCUCAGUAGGACUAGGAUGCACCAGGAGACUAUGCUGAUUACUUUGAUAUGCAACACUGUGUGUGACUGAGUCUGUGAACCUGUAUUCAAAGUGCUAUAAUGCAGUGGGUGCAGCUAUUUUUCCAUGCCAAGUUCCAUUGUGCUUCAUAUACAGACUCAGUUGCACACGAUAUACAAGUGUCCUAUAUCAAAUGAAUUAGCAUAGAGAUGCAUUUCGUUAAAAAAAAGUGCCUGUUGCUAACCAAUUUUCAUGGGACCUGACCGCUCACUCAUGCCAGGCUGUGUCACAUAUUGAGGUUAGAUGUGUGAGGACACAUCUGUUUAUCCAUGAGAAGUUCUUUAUAAAGUUUUUGGAGUGAAUUCAAUUGGGUGCGAGGUAAAAAACCUUGGGUACCUCGCACCCAAUUUUGGAUUACUGCGGGUAUACACGUUCCCAAUAUCUGCGUUCUCAUUAAAAAAAAUGUGGUACCUA